AUGUUAGCGUGCAAGCUGAUCAUUUUCGCCCUGUUUGGGCGGUUUGCGGUGGCGGAGUACUCUACAAGUUGGCUAGCUGCAUUGGGAUUUUUGCCUGGAAGGGAAGUCACCUUGGCCCCUCAGCGUAAUGCUGAUCCCUACACUGACGACAAGGUAUCUUGGUGUGUCAUGGGAAUGAGCUGUUCUUUGAAGGAGGAUGUAGACAAGUCCUAUAGUAAGAUGUCCCUCAUUGUAUCGAGGAGUGUGGCGCAUCCUACUAAUCACCCGUAUUAUACGGCGUAUAUCGUAAAGGGCAAAGAUCCCAACGCGGCUAGGAGCCGUGUUAUCGCGUUGUACAAUGGUCCGGAAACAACGGUGAGCACCGACCGUGACAGAACGAUUAAACAGAACCAAAUCAGUCUACGUUACACUUCACAGGCUUACAAUGGGUCUCACCCUUUGUCAGGCCUUGCGAACUACGGCAAUGAAAUGCUUCACAUCGUAUUUACACGAUAUACGUAUAGUUCUAAAAACUAUGAACAGUUGGCAAAGUUUUACUUGAUGAAGGCGCCUUCUGAUGUAUCUUAUCAAGUCGACAUAAAUGGUGAGGUGCGUGUGGUGAUGAAGGAUUUCGCUCCUGGGCCACUAAUUUUUCUUGGGUGCAAUCUUUCCCGUGUCAGAUUCCCACAACGGUUUCUGUUAAUCAUGCCAACAGUGAGUUGCGGUGCCGACAGAGUUGCCGUUGGUCAGAUCGGCCCGGUGUACGAAAUGCUUCCUAGAGCGGACAUCUUCUAUCUCUACAUGUUCAUCAUACCGCAGCGUUCGGAAGAUAUGGGUGGUGAAAUAGGCAGAAUUAGUCUGUGCAACCCACAUAAAGUCAAAAGGAUUGAAGUGGAAGUUGAAAAGGAGUCACUCACUGUUUCAGUUUACGGCAUUAACAUCGAGGAUUACAGGGCAACCUUUGCUAUUUUAUCCGUCACCAAUAUUUAUGGCACUCAGACCGCAUGUGGUGCUACCGAUGCCGAAUGGUACCAUCUGGAUUUAAAGGUAACCUAUCGCGGUAUCAAAAAGGCUGAUUAUUUCUUCGAAUUCGAUGUACCUUUGCAGUAUGCAGGGGAGCGGGUCUUGCUUUGCGGUACGCUGGGCCGUAAUACGUCAAAUAUAGCAACGUAUACUAUGCCUGUCAGGCACCUCACCCUUACUAAAGAACCUUUCAUUGGUUCUUUCAGUUUGAUAAACGUUGAUGCGCUGGGCCGUGCUAGCAUUGCUUCAAGGCGCCGCAUGCACCCAAUGAGUGAGAUGCGUCUGUCCAAAGCAGAUGAUUCUGUGUUGGCCCGGGGUAUCUCGUAUGAAUACGAUAAACUUGCGGAACUUGUACUCCCGUUUGAGCGGACUCUGGCAUAUGAUUUGGGUGUAAUGGAUAAAUUGGGUGACACUGCAUUGAGCCCAUCGGCAAUUCUUCGUCGGGUUCAAAGUUACUCCUCCUUGCCGUCAAAUUCAGCGCGAUAUUUGGCAUUUCCGCCUGCCAUAUCUCAUAGGGUUGGUAAUAAGUCAUACUGGUCAACAAAGGUGCAUUUUUUCCCCAAGUUGUUGUUAUCCGUGGACACUGUAUACAAAAUCACUGCUUGCGAUCGUUGGCGCCAUCCGUUUUGUUUAUCAGAAUCUGAUUUCGACACUGAUGUUGGAUAUUUACUGCCUAAUCCUUUUGUACACUCGAGGUUCAAAGCGAAGUGGGAGGAUGGCACCAUAGUAUUAUUUUUAAGCACCAGUGCUUACUACCCGGUCGUACCGCAUAUCAUAUUGGUGAAGAUGAACGUGGGAAGCAUCAUUGACUAUGACAUGUUGUGUAACAGGUCCCCUUCCAUUCCAGUGCAGUGUAUUAUAAGCGGGCGCAUGCGUGAUAACAAGGGUGGAAAACAGGCCCCUAAAAAUGCAGUCGAAAUGCUUUUCACUCAUAGGUAUGAAGUAGUUGGGCUGGAAGCAGGUUACAAUUACGCUUUAUGCUAUAGUUUUGAAGGUCGCCGUCAUAUGUCACACGGCGACCCCACCUCUGCAAAGAUACUGUCGAACUCAAGGCCUCCCGUGCAUGCACAGUUUACGUUCUUGACGACGCUGAAUCCCUACGAAAUCGAGCGCAAUCAGCGUACAACGUAUCGCUCUAAAGGUGAUAAGGAUGGUCCAGUUUUUUCUACAAGGGGCCUCCUUGAGUCCAUCAAGGUUAGAGCGGUGUACAUGUCGGAAGAUCUGAAGUAUGAUUGCUCUAACAUCUACAGCCACCUUUCUAAAGCGCCGUCCCAGAAGAGAGUGCACGUUGAAUUAAAGCCCAAGACGACCGAAUCGUUGUUCUGGUUACGCACGCAGAAGGAAGCUGUGGCCCCAAAGACAGUUGUACCUUUGCCUUUGGGAUUUUGGCUGAAGAUGGAUAACAAGUUCUGGAAGUACAAAAGCUCUCGUCUCAAUUACAACGACGUUAUAGAAGGGACGAAGAGCUUAUACAAGGUUUGCGUAUGUUACGAGGAUCAUUGUACCAGUGUUGGUAACAUGGCGUACUCUCAGGAUCGGAUUUUUGACAUUACAUCUAUAAGCCAAGCGUCUAUGCUUUCGCGUAUAGUAGUAGGCAAGAAGGUGUGCGUGUAUGGCGGUCGUGAUUUGCGAUGCUAUGAUAAUACAGGUAGCUUAAAAUCGAUGUUAACAACGCCGAUCAAAUUCAAGUCAUUGAAAGGUGUGAUAUCGUGUGUUCUUUUCCGGCAUUCCGACAAUGCUAUGCUGGUGGUGAAGGAUUACGAGCUGUUGAUUUAUGACGCGGACUUCAAAACUCGCAGCGUGGUGAGUAUUCCGACCGGCAUAGACAAGAUCUUCUCCUUUCCAAAAAUUACAUUCGUUGCACUGGUGGAUGGUUUCGUCUACUUCAUCAAAAGCGAUCAAGCUCUGGAUAUCAAAACAACGGCCAAAGAACUAACGGAAGAUGCUGAGGAGGGUAUCACUUUGGCAGAGAUGGACCACACUGCGAUACCGCAAGAUAUUUCGCCUGAUGGAUUAUCGGAUGAUUCCGUAUCUCUCCGGCCUGCAUUCUUAUCAGAGGGCACGCUUCUGGAUGACACAAAUGGCGAAACCCCAGAACAAACUGAGAGUGCAACGUUCUUGAAGGUUUCGGAAUCAACCAUGGUGAAAUUGUUAGGUGCCAGUGGCCGUAUUCUGAGGCUGGAAAUUAUCCCUUCGGAGGAUGAGGGAUCCUACAGGCUGUUCUACAUCGACGAGUCUCUCAUGUUGCAUUACAGCAUCGGGACGCUAGCAGAAGACGCGGGCGUCGUUCGCAUGGACACAAAAAUCCUAUACAGCGUCUCCAUUACUGCUUUUUUGGACAUCCCACAAGAUCGCUAUUUGACAUUAAAGGCAUUUCCGGCACGUAGCGCUGAAGUCGCUGCUACCUCGGUGUUGGUUCACAGUUAUGGUUACCCCAAAGUGGCGACAUUCCUGGUGACGGGGAAUAAAUUGGAAUUUUAUGGCCACAUGUCCACAACGUCGAAGCUCGUUGAUUUCGCCGUUAACAAGGAUCGUUUGGUUGGGUUAACCCUUGAGAUUUCACCUAAAGGUGAGAUAUCCCAAUCGCUCGUGGAGGUGAAGUUCAGUAGCAUCAUGAAAACCACGCUCAACUACACCAAUAUUCCACCGACUUUGCGUCUGGGUGUGGAAUAUUCUUUCGAACCCACGACUCUUCCGUAUCGUCUUUUGCAUUACUCCACGCAGCACGUGGAUAUUUUCAAGCAGCUUGGGCUGAAUCUGGAUGCGCGAACAGGACGUAUAUACGGUACCCCACAAACGUAUGGUAACUUCACUGUGAAAGUGAAAGGUGAAGGCCUGUUUUCCUCCACCUUUGUGGAACAAUAUUUGGUUGUUGCGUGUAGCGUAGGCCAUAUGUAUGAUAGCUCGACAAAGCAAUGCAAGCCGUGUGACGUAGGAACGUAUUGGGAAGACGAUGCGUCCCAUGGUUCGUGCAAGCCGUGCAACGAGUUUAUGAAAAACAGCUCCACGAAAGAAGCUGGAUCGAUAUCCACUGCGAGCUGCAUUUGUAAGCCAGGAUGGUUCCUAAAAGACCGGGAGUGCCAUGCGUGUCCGCAGGGAUCUACAUCGGCUGUGUACGGUUCGCUAACGUGCCCAAUAGUCGGGUACAUAGGGGAGGACGGUCGUGUGAUCAGUGGAGCCGAAUCCUUGGUUGUAACUUGCGAAAGAGGUGAGUAUCUGAAAGGUGAUAAGUGCCUGCCUUGUGAGGUUGGCUCAUAUUGCCACGGUGGCAAUGCGCAGCCGAUUCGCUGCAGCGCCGGAAUGACAACGGAGAAGCCUGGUGCAGGUGCGUAUACGGAUUGCAUGUGCAACGCGGGGUACGAAUGGGUUGGAGGCCGUUGCAUUGCGUGCAGCCGGACCUCUUACAAGGAGGAGAUAGGUAAUACCCGUUGCACGCGGUGCAGGACGGCUGCCAGCGCGAGCGGCGUGCUUUACACCCCGCACGUCGGCGCAACGUCAAGGCGCCAGUGUGAGUACUGCAAUGAAGGGUUCUACCACGAUGUGAAUAAGGUGUCUUGUGUGCCUUGCCCUGUGGAUUCGUAUUGCGCCGGUAGCGGUACCAUCCCUGUGUUCUGCCCAAGCAACACCGUCACUAAUGGCACCAACGCUAGCAGCCGCAAUGACUGUUUGUGCGCAAAGGGUUACGGAUACGGGACAGCAACUCGAUUCAUCAUGUCUUACGACAACGCGUGCACUUCGUGUCCCAUCAACACCUUCCAGCAUAUCAACGGUGCGGGAACGCAGUGUUUACCUUGCCCGCGAAACACCUACACUGCGUCGAUUGGCGCCGCUUCGUUGGGAGAGUGUUUGCCCGAGCCCGGAUAUUACAGCCCAUAUGGUAGAAGCGUAAAGGGUGUGAUUUCACAGUUAGAGUCAAUAGAUUUCAAAACGCUGGGAAGUUCUUCGUUCGUGAAAUGCAGCGCUGACGUACGUUUUGAUGCCCCGUUUUCGAUCACAGUUAUGACGCGAUCCUUGCUUUCAUGUGUUGAUCUGUGUAGGAACAACGUGUACUGCCGUUACGUUCACUAUGGAGAGAGGUUGGGCGGGAUGCAACACACCGAGCCGCAGCUGGUGGCGUACUCGUCCAAGGUUUACCACCCAUGCAAGCUGAUAAUGUCGUACGAGAGAUUCCACGUACCGGACUUAUCUGCACAUUCUUUCAAGGUUAUGGAUAGGAAAACGCACCGUUACAAUGUUCUUUGCGAAAUUGAGCGCCCGAAACUCGCCUCGAUCCCGAACGUGUUCUCGGUGUUGAAAUGCCCGAUGAACUACUAUUGCCCUGGUGGUGAGAAAUUCAGCAGCUUCCGGUGCCCUGAAAAUUCCAUGACUCUCACAACAGGCGCCUAUCACAGCGGCCAUUGUCUCUGCAUGCCCGGAUUCGAGCUCUCCAACAGCGCAAGCAUAAGUUCGUGCGUCCCAUGCAAAGAAGGAUUUUACAAAGAGAGCAUGUCGAACGCUCCUUGCACUGCUUGUCCAGCUAAGAUGACAACAUUUGGGAAGGGUGCUGUUUCUGCCACCCAAUGUGUUUGCUCUGUUGGUUUUUUCGCCUACCCCAGCUCCGAAAAGCCUCAGGCAACAUUGCCAGCACUUGUUCCAACAUCGGGUUUGCCUAUGGUGCGCAAUGCGUCUGUGUUGACAGACUUUGUGAUCGCUACGUUCAACUACUUUGGUAGUACAAAUAGCACGGAUGCGUUGAAGAAUUUCGAAUGUAAUGCAUGCCCCGAAGGCUACGUGUGCCCCGGUAAGUGGCUCCCGCACAUGGCUUUCACAAUUCACCAUCCUCCCAUUUCGUGUCCGUAUGGUUCAUCUGUGCCAUAUGUUUCUCAUAAUGUGAAUUCGGUGGGCAAAUGCAUGUGUAAACCGGGUUACGGUUCCGGUAACGCAUUUGGUGACGGUAUCGUUCUGUCUUGUCGGAAAUGCGCACGGGGUACAUUCAGUGAAACGUUUAACACAUCGACAUGCGCGGGUCGUUGCAACGAUUACGCGACGACGUUCCCUGGCGCCAAGUCUGCUAAGGAUUGUUUCUGCCUUCCUGGACGUUUCAUGACAUUGCAAAUGAUCGACGGUGAGAACAAAUUUGUCUGCAAAAAGUGCUCCGAGGGCAUCAUUUGCCCAGGUGGUUUCAGGCAUCGUGACGCAUCCGUGCAGAUAUCUGACGAUCCUAACACAGCCAUUUUCAGCCACAGUCCUCAGUAUCCACGUAUGGGUUACAUGGCCAUUUACAAACAGCAUGGAACCCAAAGUGCGGAUGAAGUGAAGUGGAUGCCUCACAAGCAUGAGACGUACAUACUGAAUCCGCCGACCCCAUCCCAACUUGGGUUGUACGAACACGUCCCUGACAUUCACCCGUGCAUUUAUCCCAACCGUUGCAAUGGAUCUGGGGGCAAUUUAUGCGUAGAUGGAACACACGGCUAUCUCUGUGGUAAGUGCAAACCUGGCUACGACACGCGUUAUUUCCAAUCCCGUUGCUUCAAGUGCUUAAACGUGUUUAUUGAAAGCUUUCGUUUGAUAUUACCUCGUGUGAUAUUGCCCCUCAUUGUGUUUUUAAUCUGCCAGGUGAACAACGGUAUCUUGUUCAGCGGCAACUUUUCUCUCAUUGUCCUAUUCAAGAUCUGGUACAUGUUCACCUUCUCUCUUGUACCGCUUGGUAUGAUGCAGCUUACUACGUCUUCCAGUCUUGGUCGAUUUUACAACCUCUACCACAACUACUUCUACAAGAUGAUUGGGCUAUUUAUGACUAUAGAGCGUGUGGGUUGUUGGGAGCCUUGGAUUCGGCGCAUUCUUGUUGUGUUGAACCGGUGGGGAUUUGGGCUUAUAAAGGUUAAUCCGGACCAAGAAAUGGAAUACAUCCACCUAUGGUAUAUACAACGUGCUGUGGUGAUUGCGAAACCAUUGGUGGAUCUCCUGGUGCUGUGCAUGUUGUAUUAUCCAUGUCGGAGUAUCCGUAAAUUUGUGGUUUUUAAGCUCUUUGGCGAAUCACAGACGAAUGCGAUGGAUUCACGCAUAGAUUCGUUACUAAAGAUGGCGGAAUCCGGUGAUUCUGUUGUUGAGGGUGGCGCUGAAGAAGGUAUUGUGUCAUUGGAAUCGUUGGAGAAACCGAGUGAUAAAGAUUCCACUCGUGAUGUGUACGUGAAGAGUCGCAAGGCGGAGAACGUGUUUUUGCUCCAGCAGAUGCUCUUUUUGCUUGUUCUGCACAUGCCAGGUUCCGUCAUCAACAGCUUGUCUAUGUUGUGGUGUACCCCUGUGCGCUAUAAGGAGGGUGACAUGGUAUACAUAUUGAUGCACCUGCCUGAGCAGGUUUGCGAUCCGAACGAUCGUCUCUUCAGAUACGGUUGGUUGGUUGGAGCAGUGAAUAUUCUUCUUUGGUUUACUAUGUUGGUCGCCUUGUUCUUUAUGCUAUCUCGGUCGCAUUAUACCCCGAGGUCGUGGAACACUCUUUUCAUGGCAGGAUGCGAUGUCAACUGCCGCUGGUGGGAUGUGGUGCAAUUAUCGCGUCAAGCGUUGCUAUGUUGCUUAAUCGUGUGCCACUAUUCAAUUGACCCGAAAGGCGACACGGAGUACAUGCGCGUGACGUGUUAUUUGAUUCUGCAUUUCAUUUACCUCACCUUACAUUUGUGUUUCUCGCCGUACGAUUAUCGCAACAAUGGUAGUUUCAACCACCUCGAGACGACGGUUUUAUUGGGUAAUCUAUGUAUGUGCAUCUUCAUACAAGGCAGUUUUAUGUACGACUUUUCGGAUUUAGCUGGGUUCCCUAUCGUGGUUUCGCUUUUGGUCCACAUCAAGAUUAUGUGGGCGAUAGCGGUUGAGUACGGCAACAUAAAGUUUGCGAACAUCAAGCGCAACGGUAAGAAGGAGUUCACCAACAUGGUGCUCGACUUCCUGCCGUCCGUUUUCGAGCAUCGCAAUGCCAAUGUAUAUUACGAUUACAAGAAUGACAACAUAGUGCUGGAGGCAGCGGAAACUCGAAUUAAAAACCGCGGAUUCUACAAUCGUUUGAUAAAACGCCCGUUAUUGAAGUUUGCCAACUUCGUGGGCCUGACAUCCAAGCGGCCGGAAGAAUCUGCGUCGUGCUGUUAUUCGUUAAAGAACCGUGACUUUUUGAUUAUGUGCAUCCAUGCGACCAUACAGAAAUGCAACAUGGACAGGGGCACUAUUGCGCUUCCCAACGCGUGGUUUUACUUUGUCACAAGCUACGUGUUUUGGUACUGCCAUUGCCUGCACAGCGAUCUUCACGACAGCAACUUGUCCAACAAUGCGUACUUCCACAAACUGGUGUUCUGCCACUUCUUCCCGCAGGACAACAUGUCUGAUGAAUCGUUAGCGAAUUUCCUGGUCAAAUUCCCGAUCAGGCGGCUCUCGUCACACCGAUCGGUUCAUCACAAUGGCAAGGCAUGCGAUGGGAAAUGUGAAAUAAUGUCAGGUGACAAGAAGAAAUGGCGAAAGGUGGAGGAAGUAGCCGAGAGCCUUCUAGUGGAAUGCUUGUUCGACACUCUCUACGACCUUGGGCCUGUGACCCUGAUAGAGUUUUAUUACGGUCUGCUCUCGCUGAAUCAGCUCCGCAACUCCGUCGUCUUCCGCCUCUUCGAAGGAUUCCGUAUUCACGCGCUCUUCCUGAAAGACGAAAAGGAAUUCCAGCUGUGCCGUGAAGCUGAUGACUUGAACGAGACGAUUUCUAACCUCAAGUAUGGUAUUUCACAGAAGGGCGAAAUGGGUGUGAUGGCGCUACAGCGGUACGAGUUGUCUUUGCAACUGGACGACAUUGACUUAUCCAUUUCGGAACUGGAGGCCAACAUCGACCGUCAGCGGAAUGUUAUCAUGGCCGGCCGUGCCGCCGCAGCGGUUGCGUUGAACCUUCAUCUUGGCGUCGACAACAUCGUUUCCAACGACUUGAAUCACGAUGAUAUAUUGGCGGCCAUAAGUUCCACGCCUCACGGAUCUGCUCAUGCCAACAACAUGCAGCGUAGGAAGGGUAUACUUGCACCCACCUACAAGCUGAGACACUAG